GUUGAGAAAUCAGGGGGGUAUUGAGCCCUAAACUAAGAAAACAGAAAUCAACUUAAAAGAUGGGCUCCACAAGCCAUGUUUUUCCACACGGUAUGAGCUUAUAAGAAAAAACCAUCCGAGUCAUACAUCCAACAGCCGCCUACAAUUUUAGCAGUAUGAGCUAAUAAUCAAAGCCUCUUAAUCGCAUCCCCUCCCCACCAAAGCCUCCUUAGUCCGCCACAAAAAAUGGCAUUCUCUCCCUGCAAACCCCACCACCACCUCCUCCCCUUAUUCACUCUCCUUUCUCUCUUCUUCAUCUCCAGUGCAAGGCUUACUCUCGACCGUUCAGACUUGAAAGCUCUCUCCACCAUCGUCAAGGACUUGGGCAUCGACGGUCAACGAUUCCCUGCCACCAGUCCUUGCAGCGCUGCUGGUGUUUUCUGUGAGAGAAGGCUCACGGACAACAACACUUAUGUUCUCAAAGUCACCAGGAUUGUCUUCAAGUCCCAAGGGCUUGAUGGGUUUUUGUCUCCUGCACUUGGGAAGCUCUCGGAGCUCAAAGAGCUCUCUGUUUCUCACAACAAUAUCAUUGACCAAGUCCCACCCGAAAUUGUUGACUGUAAGAAACUCGAAAUUCUUGACCUUCAAAACAACCAGUUUUCCGGUGAAAUACCAUCCAAUUUGUCUUCCUUGAUACGUCUUCGAGUUCUUGAUCUCUCUUCCAAUAGAUUUACCGGGAACUUAAGCUUCUUGAAGUAUUUUCCUAACAUGGAAAGUCUAUCUCUUGCAAACAAUCUGUUUUCCGGGAAGAUCCCUCCGUCUAUACGUUCAUUUCGAAACCUUCGAUUCUUCGACUUCUCUGGAAACAGUUUUCUUGAAGGUUCAGCUCCAUUAAUGAGCAAAGUUGAUGAAUCAGCUCUCUCUCGAUACCCCAAACGGUAUAUUUUUGCUGAGAGGAAUUCAACAAACAAAAAUAAAAGUAGCGCUGCAGCUCCAUCACCAAGUGGAGGCAAAUCUGCAACUGCUGCAGGUCCCAGUUCAUCAACGUCAACUCCUCACAAGCACAAAAAUAAGAAAAGGAAGGUAAUGGGAUGGAUUUUAGGAUUCCUUGCUGGAGCUGUAGCUGGGACCAUAUCUGGAUUCAUCUUCUCCGUGAUGUUUAAACUGGUCUUGGCAGCAAUAAGAGGAGGAGGAAAAGAUACUGGCCCAUCCAUCUUUAGUCCAUUGAUUAAGAAAGCUGAGGACUUAGCGUUUUUAGAGAAAGAAGAUGGCUUAGCUUCGUUGGAGAUCAUAGGGAAAGGAGGGUGUGGAGAAGUUUACAAGGCAGAGUUACCAGGAAGUGGUGGAAAGAUGAUUGCUAUUAAGAAGAUUAUUCAGCCGCCAAAAGAUGCAGCUGAAUUGACCGAUGAAGAUAGUAAGCUUCUGAACAAGAAAAUGCGUCAAAUCAGAUCAGAGAUUACCACGGUCGGUCAAAUUCGACAUAGAAAUCUUCUUCCUCUGUUGGCCCAUGUUUCUCGACCCGACUGUCAUUACCUUGUGUACGAGUUCAUGAAGAAUGGAAGCUUGCAAGAUAUCUUACAUCAAGUUUCCUUGGGGGCAAGGGAGCUCGAUUGGCCUGCUCGGCAGAGGAUUGCCAUAGGCGUGGCAGCUGGGCUUGAAUAUCUUCACACGCACCAUAGUCCGCGUAUUAUUCACAGAGAUCUCAAACCAGGAAAUAUCCUCCUUGAUGAUGACAUGGAAGCUAGAAUCGCAGAUUUUGGCCUUGCAAAGGCAAUGCCCGAUGCUAACACCCAUGUAACUACCUCCAAUUUGGCAGGAACAGUGGGAUAUAUAGCACCAGAGUAUCACCAGACACUCAAGUUCACAGAUAGGUGUGAUAUUUAUAGCUUUGGGGUUAUACUUGGGGUUUUGGUGAUGGGGAAGCUUCCAUCUGAUGAGUUCUUUCAGCACACUGAUGAGAUGAGUUUGGUCAAGUGGAUGAGAAACAUAAUGACCUCAGACAAUCCCAGUCAGGCAAUUGAUCCUAAGCUACUGGGACAGGGGCAUGAAGAACAAAUGCUCCUGGUUCUGAAGAUUGCUUACUUUUGCACUUUGGACGAUCCAAAGGAGAGACCUAGCAGUAAGGAUGUUAGGUGCAUGUUGUCUCAAAUCAAAAACUAAGAUGAAGGUAAUGUCAGGAGAAUGUCUGAAAUAAUUAUGCAAGUGUUGAAGAAUGUGUAUUAGUUUAUCCUAAAUGUUUUUUGUUUUGUCUUUGUUUUUACCCGAUAUGGUCCUUGCGUGUAACCAGUUGUUGCAAUGAUUGUAAGAAAUGUAUCUGUAUUUGGAUUCCCCAAUCGAAUUAGAAAUUUGGGCAUACCAUAUCUAUAACCUGCACUUUCAUUGGUCAAAUUGCUGAAUCAAGUAUGAAAGAAGGUUUUUUUCG